CGUGCCUCCGUUCCCAGUAGCAACGGGAGGCUUCUAAACAACCCGCCCUCCCCGCCCCAUCAUCUGCGGUCCAGGCACCCUCAGCGAUCCCGGGCUCUCCUGGCCUCUCCCACUCCGCUAGACUGUGGACUCCCGCCCGCCGCCAUGGCAGAGUUGGGCCUAAAUGAUCACCAUCAAAAUGAAGUUAUUAGUUAUAUACGUUUUGCUCGUUCAAAAAGAGGCUUGAGACUCAAAACUGUAGAUUCCUGCUUCCAAGACCUCAAGGAGAGCAGGCUCGUGGAGGAGACUUUCACCAUCGAUGAAGUCUCUGAAGUCCUGAGUGGGUUACAGGCUGUGGUUCACAGCGAGGUAGAGUCUGAGCUCAUCAACACUGCCUACACCAAUGUGUUACUUCUGCGGCAGCUUUUUUCACAAGCUGAGAAGUGGUACCUGAAUCUACAAACAGACAUCUCUGAACUUGAAAACAGAGAAUUGUUAGAACAAGUUGCAGAAUUUGAAAAAGCAGAAUUUACAUCUUCAAAUAAAAAGCCUAUCAUAGAUAUCAUAAAGCCAAAACUUGCUCCACUUAAUGAAGGUGGAACAGCAGAACUCUUAAACAAGGAAAUUUUAAGACUUCAAGAAGAGAAUGAGAGAUUGAAGUCAAGGCUGAAGACCAUGGAAAUACAGGCUACAAAUGCAUUGGAUGAGAAGUCAAAACUAGAAAGAGCACUGCAAGAUUUACAGCUCAAUCAAGGAAAUGAGAAGGAUUUUAUAAAGGCUGAAGACUUAAGCGAAUUGGAAAAUACAGUUGCUGCUUUAAAGAAUGAGUUUCAGAAGACUCUUAAUGACAAGACAGAAAACCAGAAGUCCCUGGAGGAAAAUCUAGCAACAGCCAAGCAUGACCUGCUCAGGGUUCAGGAGCAGCUGAGUUUGGCUGAAAAGGAAUUAGAGAAGAAAUUCCAACAAACGGCAGCUUAUCGAAACAUGAAAGAGAUUCUCACCAAGAAGAAUGACCAAAUCAAAGACCUAAGAAAAAGACUGGCAAAAUACGAACCUGAAGAUUAACAACUGAGAAGGGUUUCAUCUGGAAGCAACCAUAUAUGAAAGUAUAAGCCAUUUUUCACCUCAGGCAUGUAUUUUGAGGCAUUUUGUUAUAUUCCCUCCCUUUAUUUUUCUAAUAUUUAGAGUUUGCUCUUAUUUCACCCCCACCAAAGAACUCCUAUUUCCAUUUACCAAUUGUGAAGAGAGAAAACCCACUGAUUCUGGUUGGUCAUCCCAAACACCUCCCCGCUGAGCGCUCCAGAGUCUGUCUUUGAAUACAGUGAGAAUUCUUUACAGGAAAGGAGAUUUUUGAAGUGGGAAGAAGGGUCAUACCCUUUUGCAUUAAUAGAAAGGAUAUAUAACUUUUUAAUAAAUGUUAAAGAAGUUAACAAUGUCUAUACUUGUAUAUUCCCCAGGAUAAAAAUAAAUAUAGUAGUAUUAAAGAUAGUUACUACAAAUAAACCUUAUUUUUAUUUCUAAAACCAAAAUCUAAUUCAUUUUCUCUAUUUGAUCAUCAGAAAGUGUAUGAGUUCAUUGAAAAUGUAAAUCCCAUCUACUAUAGGCAGCAUUUUUACCAAUUAGAAGGAAAAUGAACAGAUGAUUCAGUUAACCUCUUUGAUUUUUCUACCUAAAUGCUGCAUUUAUCAAAGGAGUUCAGGCAUUUUUGCAGCAUGGCUCAUUCUGAGUCUGUACUAUUGAUGGAGACUCAGAGCCAUGCUUUAUUUCUGUGGUUUUGAAAAUGUGGACUCAGAAUAAAUGUGAUCUUUAUUUUUUUUCCAGAAUAUUCUUUUAAAUUACAUGUUAAAUAACACUUAAAAAAGACAUAUUCCAUAUAAUGUCAGCCACCAAUCCUCAAAAUUGAACCUUUGAUUAAAAUUUAUUUAUUUACAUGUAUUUGCAGUAACUACAUUUUCAAGAAGUUUUAAUUAUAUUUCCAUUUCUUCUGCUUUUUCCUGGGUAGUUUUAGAUCAAAUCAUUGGAAAUUAGGCAUAAUACCUGCACUUGGGUAAUACAAUGAUAUAUAUAAGGAUAAGUAAAAAUCUAUAAAGCACUAAUGCCUCAGAAGGAAAGCACUUUUUAUUGUGAUAAUAUAUAUAUAAUAUAAAAUGUGGCAUUUUAACCAUUUUUAAGUGUACAAUUUAAUAGCAUUAAUUACUUUUACAAUAUUGUACUACUAUCACCACCUUUCAUUACUAAAACUUUUUCAUUACCCAAAACAAAUUCUUUACCCUUUAAGCGAUAACUCCCCAUUCACCCUCCCCCCAAUCCCUGGUAACUUCUAACCUACUUUCUGUUUCUGUGAAUUUGAGAAGCACUUUUUUUUUAGGAGAAAUUGUAGGUUUACAGAAAAAUGAUACAUAAAAUAUAGAGUUCCCAUAUACAACCCUAUUAUUAGCACCUUGCA